GAACAGGUGGCACAGGAGCUCCAGGACUUCCAGGCAAAUUAAUUUAACAAACUAAUAUUUUAGGAUAAUAUUAAACAUUUUUUAAUUAUUUUCAUAUUUUUAAGGUAGCCCAGGAUUGCCCGGUUUACCAGGAAAUGGAGGAAAUAAUCCUGGUCCACGCCCAACACCCCCAACAAGAACAGGUAGCCCAGGAUUGCCCGGUUUACCCGGAAAUGGAGGAAAUAAUCCUGGUCCACGCCCAACACCCCCAACAAGAACAGGUAGCCCAGGAUUGCCCGGUUUACCAGGAAAUGGAGGAAAUAAUCCUGGUCCACGCCCAACACCCCCAACAAGAACAGGUGGCACAGGAGCUCCAGGACUUCCAGGCAAAUUAAUUUAACAAACUAAUAUUUUAGGAUAAUAUUAAACAUUUUUUAAUUAUUUUCAUAUUUUUAAGGUAGCCCAGGAUUGCCCGGUUUACCAGGAAAUGGAGGAAAUA